CGAUUGCAUGAAGGCCUCGUGGGCCAUCCAAUCCAACCCUCCGCCAAGAAGCAGGAAAAUCCCAUUCAAAGCACCCCCAACAGAUGGCCAUCCAGCCUCUGCUUAAAAACCUCCAAAGGAGGAGCCUCCACCACACUCUGGGGCAGAGAGUUCCACUGCUGAACAUCUCUCACAGUCCGGAAGUUCUUCCUAAUGUUCAGGUGGAAUCUCCUUUCCUGUCGUUUGAAGCCAUUGUUCCAGGUCCUAGUCUCCAGGGCAGCAGAAAACAAGCUUGCUUCCUCCUUCCUAUGACUUCCCUUCACAUAUUUAUAAAUGGCCCUCAUCAUGUCUCCUCUCAGCCUUCUUUUUUGCAGGCUUAAUACGCCCAGCUCUUUAAGCUGCUCCUCAUAGGGCUUGUUCUCCAUAACCUUGAUCAUUUUACUUGAAUGGAUAUUGGCAACCUCAUGUCUUAAUAACAAAGAAAAUGUAUUUUCCUUCUUUAUAUUUUAUUGAUUAUAUUUACAUCAGCUUUACAUUAACUUACACAUGAUAGGUUAGACCAGAGUUUCUCAAACUCUGCUCCUCCAGAUGUUUUGGACUUCAGCUCCCACAGUUCCUAACAGCUGGUAAACUGGCAGGGAUUUUUGAGACCUGAAGUUCAAAACACCCAGAAGACCACACUUUGAGAAACACUCGGUUAGACAGAUGAUGGUCUUAAGUCACCCAUUGACUGAAAAGAGAUUUGAAGGUCAUUCAUUCUUGUCUGUUCACCACAACAUGUCACCUUAGGGUCACCAUAAGGCAGAAACAAUUUGAAAACACAACAGCAGUUGUAACAACAAGGAACUUUAGUUAUUUUCUACAUUCUGCUUUACUGCUUUCUGUUGUUUUAUCCAUGCUAUUGGUUUUACCUUUUUAAUUUUACUUGUUUUAUUAUUGGGAUUUGAUUGCAUUUAUAAUUUAUACACUGCUGGUAACUGAGAAAAAAAUAAAAUAUUAAUCAAAUUAAUUCAUGAAUAGUUGCCCUAAUUAUAAAUAUGUCCAAACACAUAAUUUAUGUUGUAUUUUUUAAUGAAACCAAGAAUGUUUCUCAAUAGUUCUACACUUAAACAAUUUUAUAAACUGCAAUGCCCUCGUGUAAUGAAAAUGACAGUAAGUGUCAGGGAUUUCAAGUUCCCAACAUGUUUUGUGGGUGGAAUUUCUGGUUUCACCACGUGGGGGCGCAUUAAUAUAAUAAUUAACAGAGGACGUGAUACAAGGUCUCUUGAUGGACCAUUUGUGUGACUGACCUUCUAUGGCAGCUGAAUUCCGAAGAAAAUCUCAAAACCAGAAAACCAAUCAAGAUUUCCCUGCAUGGCAAUUGCUGUGGGCUGAAUCAAGUCAUUCAGUAUUGCUCAGGCAUUAAGCAAUAAGCCUUUCCAUCUCCAGAAACAGUUUGAUAACUCUCCCCAGUUUGAUACUGGAAAAAUCUAGGACCACGGAGAAGCUCUGCAAUGGAACUUUCUAGGCACUGAACCUAAGAAAGCAGAAUGAGCAGAAUGAGGACCUCUAAGGAAUUUUCCAGCGGCUACAAAACCCUGGCUCCUGAGCGACAUCGCAGAAGGCCUCUCUUAUCACACUAUUCUCUUCCAGAAGGAGACAGCAGAAGUUUCGAGCAUGGCACCUACCAGGCAUCCGAGAGCCACAGAAAUUUCAUUGAGCCCAAGAAGCUGCCAAACCCAGUGAGGGAGUCUAGGCAUCACCGGGAGUUGCACCGAGAGCUGCUCUUCACACAGAGGAGGGGCUUGCUUCCAGAACACAAGCCUGAGCUUCAGCGAGUACUAGAAGCCAGGAGAAUGAAGCAACUGAAACAGCAAGAAGAGAAUCAAAAGCCUCUGUCAGAUCUAGAAGAAGAGCUCAGAAAACGACAGCAGAAACUUGAUCAGUAUGAGCGAGAUAUGGUUCUGAAGGGGGAGCAGGAUGGCAGGCCUGAGUUCAUCCUUGUGAAAGAGAGCCUGAAGAAAAUUAAACUUUCCAAGGAAACAGACAUAAGGCAGACAUGAGAGAUCAGCUGCAAAUGCUGUUUUUGUCAGAAUGACUCCUUGACAGAAGUAUAUGUGAAGGAAUUCAAAAAUGAUCCAAGAGCACUUUCAGUUGUGUGACCACAUCAGCAAACUUCCUCUCUAUGGCCUGUGAAUCUGUGCUUAGGCUAAACCCAGGACAGCAGGAUGAAGGCAGAAGAAAGGACUAGCCAUCUGAUAAAUGGAGUACAGAUGGAGAUUAGCUGUCAUUCAGCCUUGUGGGGAUGCUUGUUUGAGAAUGGAUGGGCAAACUUGAACUUGUCCUACAGACUGUUCAACAAUGCAUUUUAUGAAGAAAAUAUUGGGAUUGUUGAAUGCAUUCCACUUUUAGUAGGUUCCCAUUCACUCUAGCUAGAAGAGAAAUACUGGUGAUAACUUACCUGGUAGCCCCACUAUCAACAUUUGCAGCAACUUAUCAUUGAUGCUAAGAUUGCUGCAGAAGAUCAUGGUGGGAGAGUUAUGCUUGCUACCAGAACAAUCUGUUUAGAUUUAAUUUAUAUCUUCAGGAUUUAACUAAAUAGCCUACCUUUUCCCCAAGGAUGAUUGCAGGACAUGGAUUUCCCCAACAUGUGUUGCUACCAUCCACCCUUCACUUUAUUUAUUGUUGUGUGCCUUCAAGUCAUUUCUGACUUAUGGUGACUCUAAGUGGAACCUAUUGCAGGUUUUCUUUUGGCCAGAUUUGUUUAGAGGGGGUUCAUCAUUGUCCUCUUCUGAGGCUGAGAAAGAGAGAUUUGCCCAAGGUCACCCCAUGGCUUCUCAUGACUGAGAAGGGAUUCAAACCCUGGUCUCAAGAGUCAUAGUCCAAUGUGCAAACCACCAUGCUGGCUCUCAGUUUUAUUUAUAUACCAUCUUUUUUCCAGAUUGGGACUCACGGUGACAGAAAAUUGCAACAAAAACUUACACAGUUAAAAUAUAUAAAAGUUGAAAUUAAAUAUUACAUAACAGAAUGUAAACAAUUUUAAAUAUUAUUUUAAAAUCAAAGACUAAAACAAAAACAUUACAACAUCAUGGAAACCUUUGCUAGAAUGGAAAGAUCUUUACCUGGUGUCAAAAAGAAAAUACAGAGCUAUCCUAGCCUCCCUAGGAAAGAAAUUCCGAAGUCUAGGAACAGCCACAGAGAAGAUUUUCUCCCACCUUCCAAACAAACAUGCCCAGGAAGAUGAUUGGAUAUAAAGAAGUGACUCCACUGAAAAUCUAAGAUGUUUUAAGAGGCUCAUAUGAGAAGAUUCACUCCUUCAGAUAGCCUGGACCUUAGCCAGAUGCUUACCCACCUUAAGCAGAAGCUAGCAGAUUUCAGACUUGAAGAAAUUAUUUAUUUUUAGUAGAAACCUAAGUUCCACCAACCUCAUCCUGGUGCCUAGGAAUCUGUUUUUAAUACCAUAAUUGGACACAGCUCAUACAACAUAUCUUUUGUUGUUAGCAAUUGUAUAAGUAUUUCAGGGGGUGAAGUCAUUUUGAUGUUUGUUGCUUGCUAUUGUUGAACUACAAGGUGUUUCAAAAUUAUGGACCCAAUGUCAAAGCAGUUUAUUUCAUGAUGUCAACAUAUUACAGUUACACAAAAAGUUAGUUUAAUGAGUUAUCGGAUUUUACUAACAAUUGUGAGCCCAAAACAAAAAUAAUCCUGCAAAUGGGGACUAUUUCAUUAGGCCUUAUGUUGAGGGGUUGCCAUCUUGCGAAUGACUGAAACUAGGGGCUGUUUGUGAGCUGGGAGAGGCAUCGAGUGGUAAUCAAACUCUAUGCGCCACCCUUUCAAGGGGUAAGUGUUUUAUUCUUUGGCAGUUUGUGAUUGCAGAGAUACAGCAAUUUCAAAUCAGGUCAUGUUUCUGAAACAACUUGAUUAAUAGUUAUGCACCUGUUGUUGUUCUAUAGCAAAUCAUUCACAUUUACAGUAACACCUUGGCCCCACUUUGAUUAUUAUACCACUAUUAAUUCUAGCAUGGAGGGGAUUUUAAAAGACAAAACUGGGAAAAAGAAAGUGAAGUAUAUUUUAUUACACAAAAACUGCACUGGCAGCCAGUUCAACCCCCUUGUGCAUUGCUGUGAGUUUUUUUCUCAGUAGGAUUCAAUUUUACACAGUUUCCUGUUAAUAGAUGUUUCAGCAGAUCCUGACAGCAUCUAAAUCCACCUGUCUCUGAA